CGAGCGAAACUCGAUGAGUCACGUACAUCGGUAGCUGAAGCCCAAAACUAUUGGGGAUUCGCUAACUUUCCUAACCAAGUAUUUCGCAGAGCAAUCAAAGAUGGAUUCAAUUUUACGCUGAUGGUAAAACUUGUAGAGAAUACUGUAAAACUCAAUUUGACCUUGGUAGACACCCCUGGUUUUGGCGAUGCUGUCAAUAACACUCGAUGCUGGGAACCCAUCAUAAACUAUGUCGAUGGGAAGUUUUUGGAGUAUUUUUCUGAAGAAACAAAAAUCGAAAGGAAGGAACGACCUGUGGAC